UCUGGCUCCGCCGCGGCAGCACAGUGGCUGCAAGGCUGGGGCGCUGGCGCCGCGCCAGCCCCAUCAGAAUUAGCUCAUUGUUCACUCGCACACUAGCAGCGGAGAGAGGGAGAGAAAGAGAGAGAGACUCUUAGAGAGAGACACACACUCUUGAAGACAGAGCACGAGGCAGGGAGACCUUCCCCUCCUUCUUUAUUCAGGGCUGCACUUCUUGGAAGUGUAGAGAGGAGAGAGUGCACAGGGAGCGGGGCUUUUGUCUGUUGGUCUCCCUGGACUGAAGACAGGGAGGGUGCAAGUCCAAGGCUGCUAUGAUCCUCAAAAUGGUUUAUUACCCAGAGCUUGCUGUCUGGGUCAGCCGAGAGCCAUUUCCAAAUGAGGAAAUGGAGGGAAGGCUUCCUAAGGGAAGACUUCCCGUCCCAAAGGAAGUGAACCGCAAGAAGAACGAUGAGACGGAGGCUGCCUCCCUGACUCCACGUGGCAGCAAUGAACUCCACUCCCCAAGCAUCAGUUACCUCCACUCUUUUUAAUCAUAACACCUCCAUUUGUAUUACGUAUGGUGUAUGGGUAUUGAUGAGGUUAUGGUAUCAUAUAUGGGAUUUUUUUCUGUGUAAAUCAUCAAAUAUAAGAAGAAACUAUGGGACUCUGAGCCUUGCUUUAGAGAAUUUACAGUGGACAAAUAGGUAUCAUCAAACCAGUUUUUAAUCAUUCUGACUCAAGUGAAAACGCUCAGAAUUUCACACUGUGAAUCCACGUUUACAACCCUUACAGGUGGGCCUUCAGGCCUGGUUCGCUACGAUGACGUCUUCCACAACUCAAACUCCCACUGCUCUCACACAACCGGUCCACUCCUGCCUGGUCACUCAUACAGCUCCCGACUGCUUCUUGCAGAGGCUGAGAGUCCCCAUUUUUUUUUCAUUUAGAUGUAACAAACCUAGUAGUUUAUGUUCAUCAAUUGUCUGUAUAUCUCUAUAUUUUAUCCAUGUACUCUUUUGAUGUAUAGAAGUAGUUUGAAACUCAUUGUUUCCUUGUGGUAAGUGACCGAGAUGCUGCCACAGGACCUGAGACACUGAUGAAUGGUGCUAUUUUGGACUUUCAACAUGCUCCUUGGCGAGGUAGCUCUGAUGGAGUUAUUUUUUAUUUCCAUGUUCUAAGAAGGUGUUGGUACUCUGUUUCCCUGAAUGUUGUUCUCUAGACUGGAUUGACCUGUUUUCCUUGUGUCUUCAGUGUGGCUUUCUUCUUCAGCAUUGUAGGUUGAGUGAACGCUACCAGAGAGAGUGUAAGAGACCACGUCUCGUUGGCUGGUACUCAUGGACCCGAAGUCCCUGUAGUGGGAGCAAUCACAAAACUGUAAUUUACUUACCAAAUCUCUUCCUUUUGGUAGCCUCGCCUGCCUAACUUAGAGAAAGAAAAGCAAUAAUUGGACAGGCGUUUUUAGGUGUCUCUCUUGGUUCUUUUUGUUUGAAAGAAUAUUUGGGGCGGGGGGAGGGAAAACUCUUUUUUAAUAAAUGACCUCUAAAAAAUCCAAAAAAACCUGGCAUUUGAGUGGAAAUAGGGAAAUUACACCUUUCCCAAAUAUUAGGUUGGAAAAAGUAUCUUUGCAAAAUGUUAAAAAAAAAAAAAAGGUAGAACACUCUUUUUGAUAAGCAAGGUAUAGAUGUUACAUUUUUGUCCUUGCUCCCAAUGGAAUGGAUAAACAAACAAAAAAAUCAGAAAUACCAUCUACUCACAGAAUGUUGUUGCGUUAGCCAGUCUGAAAGCCCACCUUGAUUUUUAUAUAACUGUCUUUUAGUGCUUCCUCUGACAGGGUAGGCUCUGUUCUGAACUGUUCCGCUUCUGACUGUUCAACAUCGAUGAUGCAUGCGCUGCACUUCGUUCUCCUCUUGCUCCCCCACUGGCCUGAGUUCUCGUGCAUUUCCCUUCUCCCUCCUUUGUUAGAAUAGGUCUAUCAGCUGUGUAAAUAGAGCAAGAACAGUAUUCUGCGUCUGUGGCAUUUAUGUAGUUGCAGCUGUGUACUGCUGGAAAUGCAGGCUUUUGUAACAAUGUGAUCUUUACUGAUGCACUCAUGACAAGUACCCAAUGUAUUUUAGUAGCAUUUGUUCAAUAAAUAUACAAGCUGUAAGGUA